ACUAGCGAAGGAGGAGGAGGAGGAGGAGGAGAGGAGUAAGAAGAGAAGGAUGAGGAGGUGACAGGUGAAGCGAGGAAGAGGAAGAGGAAGAGGAGGAGGAUGCGUUUGUUCAAGAGGAGGAGCAGUGACCCCUCCCCUCGCCUGGUGUCCCUCUCCCCCCUGAAACUUGACCACGCCUACGCAGAGCCGCCCUUCCCCGCCCGCACCGCCCUGCCCGCCCCCCGCCCGCAGGAGGACACGGAGGAGGACCUUUACGCUACUGUAGAAGGCGACAACGGAGAGGAUGCAGGCGACAGUGCGGGGGAGGCGGAGGAUGACGAGGACGAGGACGAAGAGGACGAGGAGGCCAUAUACGCUACGGUGGAGGAGGCGCGGGCGUACUCCACCUCCGAGGGCGUGUCCAAGGGCGUGUCCAAGGGCGCCUCCACCAACCAGUACACCGCCGUGCCCGCUCUGGUGGUGCAGGAGGUGGCAGGGGUGGCAGGCCUCGAUCCCUUCCACAACCACCAUCACUACCAUCAUCAGCAACAUCAGCACCACCACCACCAUCACAACCACAACCACCAGCAAGUGUCCGGACCGAAGAAGGGUUUUUCCACGUGGGGCCGCCGGAUGGGCAAGAAGCUGGAGCAGCUGACGCGCGGCGAGGGCAAGGAGCACAUCCACUUCCCGCUUGGUUCCACCCGCAGCCGCAGGAGGAAUUGGCGGCCUAAUAAGGAGAUGGAAACACUUCCUGGGACGGCGGGGUCGAGGGGCGGCAAGGCGGCAGCGGCACGGCAGCCUCGUAAGGCGAAGGUGGACCGCGUGGAGAGCAUCCGUAACCUGUUCCGCCGUUCCCGCAGCUGGGACUCCGCUAAGGACCUGGAGGACGACGCAGCUCCCCGGGGCGCCCCGCUGGGCGAGGAGCGCGGUGGGGACGGGGUCAAGAGUCUCUCCGAGGACCACGACAACGUGUACGAGUCGCUGAAGGACAUGAACAGUAGCGAGCCUGGGGGCGGCAAGGUGCUGUUCCGCAGCGCCUCCACCUCGCUGCUGCCAGGCUGCGAGGCGGGCGUGGACUGUGACGAGCAGGAGGACUUGGUGCCUGAGGUGGAGUGUGACAGUAAAGCAAGUGACGGUGAAAAGUCGGCACGCAAAGGACAGUUUCCGUACGCGUUUCUCAGAUCCAGACUGUCCUCGGUCGCGGAGGAACAAGCGACCGCCAGGGAAGAGUGUGGUGACAGCGGGCGCGGCACCGGCAGCCACUGUGGCAGCGUCUCCGAUGUGAGGACUUCCUACUCUGAGAACUCAGACUCUAAGUCCUCGUUCUCGGAAAACUCGGAUACUAAGUCUUCCUGUUCCGACUCCUCUUCGGACAAUAAGUGGUCCAGAGAAGGAGAGGAAGAGGAGGACGAGGAGGAGGAGCGUCCGGGCGGUGAGGGACAAGGUGGUGGGGAAAAGGUCCAAAGAGGGGAGAGCACCGAGCAGGGCGCCGCCAAACCCGCCGUCAGGGAUGUGGUAUCGCCCAUUCCCGCGCCCUCAGGCUUCGGUGACGGGGACUUUGUGGUGACGGUUCGGGUGGCGGGGGCGGGUCCCGGGACGGGGACGGGGGUGGGGGCGGGAGCGGGGGACACCCGGACUUCCAGUGUGUACAUAGAGCGAGAUCCGAGCCAGGACCCGGCGGGGGAUGGCGCCGGCAAGCCCAAGCACCGGCGUCCCUCCGGGAAAGCGGCGGGUGGUGGGGCGAUGCUAACGGACGAGCAAAAGUUGCAGGCGCGGUGCAGUGACUGCUGCCGCCACUGCGGACACCACCAGGCCGCGCCGCCGCCGCCCGUGCGCCGUCGCCCACGCACACAGUCCAGGACUCACGUUCGUCUGAGUUGUCCUGUGGGCGAUGAUCCUGGUGACGCCCUCUACGAGACCAUCUUCCCCGAGGACAGCUUCAUGAGGCGCGCCUCGCUGGACCUGGACUGCCUCGGCUCCCGCCUGGACCGUGGCGAUUGUCUUGAUGGAUCCAAAAGAAUCGAGUCGCGAGAGAGCCGCGAGAGCCGACCAGCAGAUCUCCAGAUGGAAACUCGGCGGCGCUACUCCCGCUCCGCCUCGUUGGACCGAGCUGAGUCGUGGCGCUGGAGUGACGUGCUGCUGGCGGAGGAGGGAGACAUUGACUGCACCUACAGUGAGACAGGCUACAGGAGGAGAGCCCCCAGCCUACCCCGCCCUGGGGUCCCGCUCUCCACAGCGCCUCCCCAGCCGCCCCUCGCCUCCAAAACCUUCCGGCUGGUGCGCCUGGUGAAGGAGGACGCCGAGGAGGGCCUGGGGCUGUACAUCUCCGGCCAGAGGCUGAUGGGCUACGUGGUGGCGCAGAUCAUCCCUGGAGGACUCACGGACAGGGAUGGACGACUACGUGUUGGAGACGAAAUCAUCAAUGUUAAUGGUCGGCGCCUGCGUGGUGUGUCCCUGGAAGAGGCACGGCGAGUCCUUCGUCACACCCCCAUGGAGGUGGACAUUGUGGUGGCCAGGGAGCCUGAGCACCUCGGCCCCAGCCACGCCCGCACUCAUGAGUCUCUCUACUCUGACUUUGAUGUGGCUUCCCUGGCCAGUGGCCGUGUGGACUCUCGCAUCGAGACGAGGAUGGAUUCCCGCGUGGACAGUGCUGGUGGGGAAGAGGAAGGAGAAAACGAUGAAGACUGCACCUGCUCUCACUAUGGUGAUGAAGAGGAUGACUUGGGUGAAGACUACUUGGGUCACAGACUUCACCCUUGCUGUCACUCAGACAUAUGUGAUCUGCCUUGCCUGUCAGAAACAGGUGCUUACUCCAGGGAACACACUCAUCAUACUGUGUCACGCCGAGAUGGCCGCGCCUGCUCCAGAGAACUUCCAGAUCUGCCGGACUUACGCCCUGGUGCCCGCCAGUGUGCCAAGGAUCAUGCAGCAGACUUGUCCAGGGAUUCCCAGUGCUGCUCAUUCCAGAUGGUAGGCGAGGGAGACACUCAGAGGCGCACUGGAGAUGUGAGGAAGCCCAUGAGAGUAAGCAGCGCACGGGAAGAGGGUGUGGUUACAGCCGUCAUGGUGCGCACUGUCUCUGAUUCCUCCUCAAGUGAGGACGAGCCACGCCGCCUGCUACCCCUACUGGAGGAUGGAGUGUUUGCUGAUCGGUCUCCCUCUCAGUCCUCCCACUCCUCUGUCAGGGUGAACUCAGCAGCCUCAAUGCACAGUUCUGGCAGGUGCAGCAGACAGGUUUCGCAAAGGACGCAACGCUCCUCCUCCACCUCCACACUUCCUCGCAGGCCUAAGUCCCUCAACCUGUCCUUCCACACAGUAGUCUUCGAGAAGGGCCAUGGCAAGAAGGGACUUGGCUUCUCCAUUGUUGGGGGACGGGACUCCCCAAAGGGCAACAUUGGAAUCUUUGUUAAAACCAUCUUUCCCAGUGGACAGGCUGUGGAGGAGGGAACACUCAAAGAAGGAGAUGAGAUAUUUGCAGUCAAUGGAGAAAGUCUAGCAGGGGCAAGCCACUCUGAGGCAAUUGCCAUGUUCAAGGCUAUCCGCUCAGGCAAAGUGGUGCUCCACGUGGGCCGCCGCACACACUCCAAGAAGAGGGCACAAAAAACAAAGUCUUUUGAUGACCUGGAUAAAUGUGAGUAGUCACACACAUUUACAGUGGUCCACAAAGUCAGCAUUUUUUUGCGAAAGGUGUGGACACCUGUAGCUUCCAGUGGUUUGAUAAUCAAAUCUUGAUGUCUUAAAAGUAGGUUUUAUUUAUAUUAUAUUUAGCCAUAGAUGCAGUAAACCAAAGAUGUUCACAGGCAGACUUCAUUCUUUUAUAAUGUAAUAAAGGAAGAUACUCAACUGAACUUCAUAUGAAGUGUGUUUUUUUUAUGUUUGUGUGUUGAUGUGAGGGUGCUUGCUGUAGUGAUGUGUAUGCUGAGUACAAGGAAAUGCCCUUUUACCUCUGUAAACAUUUUAAAUUAGAAAGAUAUUAGGUAUAUCAAUACAUUUUUGCAUAUUUAUAUACCAGUUUUAAUACAAUGUCUGUAAUUUAUAUAUGUAAGGAAAUAUUUGCCUCCUACUGACAUGACACCUUAGCAACCAGCCAACUAAUCAACACCAGCUCAUGAUAUAUAAACGAGGACUAUCUUUACUCUUGUCACUUUGUGUACAUAUAGUGUAGCUCCUAAGAUAUGAUCUAUACAACUUAGUCCUUGCAGUACCUACUGUACGGCUCAUAUCCAGCUUUAAUAAAGUCUCCUUAAUGA